GCUGGAGUACCAGUGAAAUGAGAUCGUUCUAAAAAAAACUGAGCCCUCUUGCGAAAUCGCUGGAUUGAGAUUUCGCCGACGUGGAACAUUUUCUGUGAUUGUGAAGAACAACAAACGUUCCAGUAUUCGUCAGCUAUAGAAGUGCUGCAUUUUUAUUGAAAAAGAGAGAUACUUCCAGGGUUUCUUAGCGCAAGCCAAACCUUAAAAUGACUUCUCAAUAACUGACGUCACGUCUAAAUAGAGACUCGGAGUUCAGACAGCCAAGAUGAGUUCCCAAACAAAACUGUUAGCUAUAAGCGUUUGCAUUCUGUCUGUUGCUGUCCUAAGUCAGUUUUGCUCUGCAGCGGCAAUUCCUCCUAAAACAUCUCCAACAACAACUGUCGCCUCAAAUCCAACUGUAACAACUGAUGAUGUAACAACAGUUUCAUCAGAAAAGUCAGUCACAAGUGAGGAAACAGCAACAACAGAAGAGGUGACGGGUACUGGAUUAACAGCGGAACCAGCAGCUGUCACUAACAACACAACCACAGAACCAGAUUCAAGUCUAACUUCAGAGACCCCUAAGUCAGAGGACCCUAAUCCACAACCUGUUGAACCUCCAGUAGCAUCAGCAAAACCGGCUUCUCCUACACCAACUAAUGCAACAGCAACACCUGUGAGAACAACGACUCCCUUGGCAACCACAGCACCUCCAACAACAACGACUGAAUUGACAACUACAACACCUUGGUUUACAACGACUCAUUCACCAAUUACAACUGUGGCGACAACGAAGGCAACAACUCUACAGCCAACAACACCAAUACCAAAGAAGGAAACACAGAAGCCAGUCACAACGAAACACCCAGUUGUUACGCUACCACCUCCUGUGGAACUAACAACACAGCCUCCACCAGCAACAACUACUCUUGCCCAAACGACUCAAAAGCCCCAGCCAGUCAAGACCAAAAAACCACACCAAGGAGACAAUGAGGAGAGUGGAGAUCACCAUACACAUUCACCACUCACAUCUAACGCUGAAACAAAUAAGAAUGACACUGACAACAGUUGGUUAGACAAGUUUACGAAUAAUAGCUUGAUAUCGAAGCUCAUGUUUCCGGUCAUCCUUGGUGUGGUGGCAGCGUUCGUAAUCGUGUGCUUUGCCUACGGCGUUCGAACAUGCAGGAAGAACAAGAGCAGAGGGCGUAGGAAGAUGAUGUCAAACGGACAGGACCAUGACAUGAGCAGCAACUUUGACAGGGUGCAGCUACUGGCCGAUAGUUCAGAAGACGAGUUCUAACAUUCAGCCACUCAUCAAACUCUCCUAUGCAGUCAACCAACCUCAACCUAAGCCUUACUGAUUCCUGUUCAUUUUCAGAACAUCAGGAUUUGAUCUUUGUCGACUCGUAGAAAAGGAAGAAGGUAUGUUUUUUUGUUAACUCUGGUUACCCAGGAAUCCAGGCCUGUAUGCUUCGUUUCUGAAGG